GAGGAUGAGGUGAGGCCUGAGGAGGAAGACCAAAACAAACUCCAAGCAAUCCACCAGGUUGGGAAACGUUCAACUUUAUUUUCUGCUCUUGAGGAAAUGUAUCUAUUAUGAUUAUAAGUCGGCACUGUCCAACAGAUCCUUCGUUAAAUUCUCCAGUACCAAGAUAAUAAAUUAUGAAAAUAGAGUUCAUGUCGAGAUCGCAAGGAUUGUUAGCUUGCUAGCAGCAAAACUGUGGGAUGAGUGAGACUGAAUUACCUUAAUUAUUUUAUGUCUUCGUACGUUAUAAUUUUCUUAAUGGUAUUAUAUAUUCUCUUCACUUAUGUUCUUAUGAGUAUAUGAGCAGAUUUUCCUUUAGUAUUACAGAAACAUUGCCUGCAUUUUUUGUGGCUUUUCUUGGAUAUAGAAAUAAUUUUGUAGCUUACUCUACAAGUAGAUACUCAGAUUGUUACUUUAUGAGACUUUGACUUGAUGUUUUGUAAUUUGAUUAAAGAUUAUGCACGUACAUCUCUUCCUCUUAUAGUUUAGUUUACUCACUGUCCGCGUCGUAUUUACAUGUCAAUAGAAAAUAUUGUAGGUUAAAAAAAAAUUUAAUGUUUUGAGAUUGUAUUUCAUAUUGAUGUUUAUUGGUCUUAAGUAUGCUUGUGUAAUUAUAAUACUUCCUGGUAUCACAAAAGUCAUACAAAACUAUUAACUAAGUAAUAAAAGAUUUACAUGCAAAUAUGCUAAUUUAAUCUGAGCCUUUAUCUUUUUCAUACAUAAUUUAUUAUUUACACCCCCAUCCCUGCAAACUAGAGAUCAUAAAACAUGUUUUAUAUACAAGUGUACAACUUUCUGGAUAUACUUCCAACUUGUAAGGUGUUCAGAUUGCCCUUAGAAUAUUUACAACGCAUGUCAAAUAAAAAAUAUAUUGACAAGUCAGUUUAAUUUCUUUACAAAACCUUUCUUCUUUCUUAACUAGUAUGAUUAACAAAGGUUUCUCAAUUAAUAUUUAAUCAUCUUUAAAAAUGCUGGUGAUGUCUUGGUUCAUAGUGUGGCCUUUAGAUAUGCCUAUUAUGCCUGAAUUAAACACUUAUAAUAUCAAAGUUGUGUUAAGAAUUUUGUUACAUACAUUCUGCUGUAUGCAUUAACAAAUAAUUUACAAUAAAAAGUAUGAACACUAGAAUGGCAUGUAUCUGUUCUUAACUAAUUGCUGCAUGGCUGCUAAGGUGCCACUCAUCAACUCUCACUCAGAUGAUACAACCUUCUGACAUGGCUAUUUUAAUAUAUGAUCUAAAUAUGUACAUGAUGAAUCUGAUACUUUUAAAGGUAUGAUGAAUAAAAUACUUAGUCUUGCUGCCUCUAACUAUAUGAAAUUUAAACCAUAGUCAUUCAGAGAAAGGGACUCCAAUAUAUAAUCACUUAUUUGCCUCUCUAGUCUUUCCAGUGAAAAUGAAUGAAGGUGAUACUGCAAUAUGAACUAUAAUUCUCAAACAGAAACUCGUGUCACCUUUUCUAUAUGAAUUAUUAGCUUUGUUAUGCAUAGUAAUGAAGACAAAUUUGAUGUAAUCUGUUGUAUCAGAUAAUAUAAACCUCAACAACCAUUCAUAAAACACUGUUCAGGAACUGGUUAUCUGCUUACCCUCACUGGUCACUCAGCCUCUUGAACCUUUCAACUGAUAACUUUAUUGAGAAUUUAACUUGAUUGGUUGAUACAUUAACUUGAAAUGACUUUGAAAAUGGUUGACGCAAGAAAACUAAAUUCUGUCUAAUUUGAAGUGUGUAUGAGAGACUUUUAUCUAUGAGAGUAAAUGGUAAAGUAAUAGUAUCUUUUUCUUUAUUUCAUGUUCAGUCAGCAGCUAUGGAACUUCCAGCCUAUGAGCAUCCACCGCCCUGGGUCCCACCUUAUGAGCGUUCCAACCACCCAGCAUACAGCAAUAACCUUGAUCAGUUUGCCAUGCGCACAGUUACCCUCGUCCGUGAGAAAGCUUCAGAUCCAUUAGGAUUCAACAUCAGAGGCGGCAUGGAACACUUCUGCGGUAUAUAUCUCUCAAAGGUGACACCCAACAUGGAAGCCGAACGCCUGGGCCUGAAGGAGUCUGAUCAGAUAUUAUCAGUAAAUGGCAUAGACUUUGAAGACAUUGAGCAUAAUAAGGCAGUGAAGAUCCUGAAGUCUAACACACAAAUUCAAAUGAAGGUGCGGUUCUUUCCUUACGGAUAUAAGAAGACGUAUGAUAAAGUACAAAACGCAAAUGUGGGGACACCAGCAUGAUCGAAAUGAAGACUGGGUCAUUUCUAUGCUUGCCUGGCCCUAAGUGUUGUGUGAUUGUAUUUUGAUUGAAAGACCUACAGCUAUGAACUAUAUAUAAACUGCACUAAUGUAAUUACCCUUAUUUCUAACCUUACAAACUGCACUAUCACUACUACAACUGUGUUAGGAAUGGAAUGUCUGAAUACUCAAUGUUAUUUUAUUCAGAGGGUUACAAAGUUUAUUGGUCCUUACACAAAAUCCUUCAAAAUGAUUGAAAAAUAAUGUCUAUACAGUACAACAAAAACUAGAAAGAAUUCCUUCCUACAGACAAUGGAAUAUUUGGUUUGGGGGACUAAAAAAAAAUAAAUAAAUGAAAAAAAAGAAAGAAAAAAAA